CUUGGCCUUAUAUGUGGGCAUACCUAUUUCUAAAAAACCAAUCUCCAGAGGAUUCUCUCUAUUGCUUUGCUUCUUUGUUGCAGCUCAACAUCACAAGAAGGCCUUCUUUCUCUUUGAUCAAUCUCCAAGCCACCAUGUAUCCAAAUCAGUCAUACCCAUCGGCCGGGCUGCCACCGGCGAUGGGCGUUCCCUCGGCGUUCCAGAUGCAGCAGGGGCCUCAUCUAUGGUCCACCGGACUUUGCGACUGCACCACCGACUGCUGGAGCUGUUGCAUGACUUGCUUCUGCCCGUGUAUCACGUUUGGCCAGAUUGCAGAGAUUGUGGACCAAGGAGCUACUUCAUGCGGUUCAAGCGGGGCACUCUAUGUAUUUCUGGGAAUCAUAUGUUGCCACUGGAUAUACUCGUGCUUCUACCGCUCCAAGAUGAGGACACAAUUCCGCCUGGCCGAGAGGCCCUGCUGCGACUGCCUUGUACACUGCCUUUGUGAACGAUGUGCUCUUUGCCAGGAAUACCGAGAGCUCCAGCGCCGUGGCUUUGACAUGGCUAUAGGGUGGCACGCCAACAUGGCGAGAAGGGCACAGGGGACGGUUGUGCCGCCCGUCGUGCAAGUCGGCAUGAUGCGCUGAAAGGAAGUCCAUCCGCAACUUGAAUGAAAGUCAAGUCAAAGAAGAAAUCUUUAAUCGCAUGGAAGGAGCAUGCAAGACAUGAGAUGCGGAUGGCAAUUUCCAUUUGAUUGCUGACAUGCAUGGUGCAUGCCAAGUUGCUUGUUUAGAUGCUAAAGCCAUGUCCUGGUUCUCUCUCUUGUGGUAUGUUUGUGCUAUAAUUAUAGAACCACAAAUUACAUGCUAGUUAAGACCUAAAACGAAGGUAAAUGGGUAAUUGGAUCCUCUUUUUUUUGUUGUUGAGAAGACAACCUUCAUAUUCUUGAUCUUCAAUACAAAAGCUAUCCUUGAGUA